CUCUCUCUCUCUCCCUCUCUCUCUCCCUCUCUCCCUCUCUCUCUCUCUCUCUAUCUCUCUCUCUCUCUGCACUGAUCCGGUCACAACAACAGAUCUGAACCUCAACAUGUCUCUGCAGCCUUCUCCCUGCGUCAUAGACUGUGGGACCGGGUACACCAAGAUCGGUUACGCUGGAAACACAGCGCCGCAGUUCAUCAUGCCGUCAUGCAUCGCCAUCAAAGAGUCGGCCAGCAUAGGAGAACAGGCCCAGAGGAGACUUGUACGAGGAGUUGACGACCUGGACUUCUACAUUGGAGACGAGGCCGUAGACAAACCCAACUAUGCAACAAAGUGGCCCAUCCGUCAUGGGAUGGUGGAAGACUGGGAUCUGAUGGAGAAGUUUAUGGAGCAGGUCAUCUUCAAGUACCUUCGAGCAGAACCUGAGGACCACAGUUUCCUCAUGACAGAGCCUCCUCUCAACACUCCAGAGAACAGAGAGUACCUGGCUGAGAUCAUGUUUGAGACCUUCAACAUACCUGGACUCUACAUCGCUGUACAGGCAGUGCUCGCGUUAGCAGCGUCCUGGACGUCCCGGCAGGUGGGACAGAGGACUCUGACCGGCAUCGUCAUCGACAGCGGAGAUGGAGUCACACACACCAUCCCUGUGGCUGAGGGCUUCGUGAUUGGCAGCUGUAUAAAACAAAUCCCCAUCGCAGGGCGGGACAUUACCUUCUUCAUCCAGCAGCUGCUCAGAGACAGAGAGCUGGGGAUUCCCCCGGAGCAGUCGCUGGAGACCGCCAAGGCAGUCAAGGAGCGGUACGGUUACAUCUGUCCAGACAUUGUGAAGGAGUUCACUAAGUACGACUGUGACCCGGGGAAAUGGAUCAAACAGUUCCAUGGAGUGAAUGCCGUCAGUCAGACCCCAUUCCACAUCGACGUGGGCUACGAACGCUUCCUGGGCCCAGAGAUCUUCUUCCACCCGGAGUUUGCUAACCCAGACUUCAUGCAGCCCAUCUCUGAUGUCGUGGAUGAGGUCAUUCAGAGUUGUCCAAUCGAUGUGAGGAGGCCGCUCUACAAGAACAUCGUGUUGUCCGGAGGAUCCACCAUGUUCAGAGACUUCGGCCGGCGGCUGCAGAGAGACCUGAAGAGGGUGGUUGAUGCCCGACUGAGACUGAGCGAAGAGCUGAGUGGAGGACGGAUAAAGCCGAAGCCGAUGGAGAUUCAGGUGGUGACACAUCACAUGCAGCGUUACGCCGUCUGGUUUGGAGGCUCCAUGUUGGCAUCCACGCCAGAGUUUUUCCAGGCGUGUCACUCGAAAAAGGACUACGAUGAGAUUGGACCGAGCAUCUGUCGACACAACCCCGUGUUCGGCAUCAUGUCCUGAAGCCGUGUGCUAGCGUGUUAGCCCAUUAGCUGUUAUCAGCCUGUUUGGCCUUUGUACCUACAGCCAAUUAGCUAGCCAGCCUGUUAGCCUGUUAGCCUGCUGCCCUUGUCACCUGCCAUCUGUUAUUAGACACCAGUCACUGAGCUGUUAGCAUCUCUGUCCCUUGCCCCUUGCAUGUUUCAGUCAAGGCUAACAGACUGUUAGCAUACUAGCUCAGCCUCCGCAGGCACAUGGAGGUCUGGAGCAGGUGAAGCAAACACAGUUAGAAAUCAGUGAAAGUUUCCAGUCUUCACUCAGAGCUGACACCACAUCGGUUGCAGGUUCAAGUCCAGACUCUGAAACUGUUCCAAACACGAAGCCAAGGAGAGGAUCUGUUUUCAUGUUUCUGACGUAGAGAUGUUCGUCUCUUCACUCGUCUCUUGCAUAGAUGUCCUCCAGCGCUCAGUCCCUGUGUUAGCAUGUUAGCAUGUCAGUGAGGAAACAUGGCAGAUCAGCACAUGUUGUUCUGUUUCCUCACAUACGUCAUAAAGAAGUGUUCUGUUUCACUGAUUUGGUUUAUUUAGAGUAUGAUUAACUUCCAGAAGUGACUUAAUCACAAACUGUGAGUAACUGUGUGUGUGUGUGUGUGUGUGUUGAUGAAUCAUAAACGACUGCAGUCAGUGUGUCAAUAUUUAUAGACAACAGUGGAACAGGUCAUAACUUCAGUAACACUGUCAGCAGGAGCGUAUACAGGAAAUACAGAAUGUGUUUUUAUCAUAGGCUGUAUAUAUAAGGUUUUUAUUCAUCAUUACAGCUUCUGUACUUGUGGGAUUUCAUUGUGUCUUUAUUUGAGUUGUUUCAGUACAACAUACAGAUAUUUGUACUUGUCAGUACUUACUUUGAAGUUGUUGGUACUUACUCUGGACAUUUGAUGUUUUACUGAUUUGGGACUAAUCGUUACUCAGGACUUGUCGUCAGGACUCCAGAUUGUUGGGCUCAGGUAUUUGCACCUGAUAAAUGUAUUGAUCCACACACUGUGAUCAGGUGACUUGUGGUUGGACAGCCAGCGAGCGUAUAAAUGAGCCGACAGAGAUUUAGCUUUGUGAUGACGUCCACAUGUUAAUGAUCUGUAGCUGGAUACUGAGCAACUGUCAAUAAACACUCCACCUCCAACAUUACUGCUUCCAGGGUGUGACACAAAUAUAACGUAGAAAACAAGGAAGUAUUCUGCACCUUUCAUUGGUCAGUGCUCCUCUGGCACAAGUUGACCAGGUGUCCCAGCUCACAGGACCAGGGGACAACAUCAGCAGGAAGAGACGUCCACAGGAACCACAGCGUCUCCACCACAAUCAGACACUGGACGCCCUUCAGCAGCAGAGCUUCGACUGCAGCUCAUAUGUUUUUACAUAGUUUAACAUAAAUAACAGAAGUUUUGCUAUGA